AUUUUAGAUUUGAUACAGAGAAAUGAAGAGUUUUUAUCUGCCAAAAAUGAUAAGGAAUUUAUUGGGGGUAGAGUGAGUUCUGCAAUCCCAAAGUCAUAUCAAACUAAUCAGGUUUCACAGGGGCUAUUAUAUGGAUCCAACAAAAUUGAUAUUGAUCCAAUAUAUUUUUUAAACAAGCAAGAAGGGGUUUUGAAAGGAUUUUAUCAUGUUGGUUCUGAUUUGAAUAACAAGAACAGUCGUUUGCAUAAUGGGAUUGUUUCAAUCAUGCUAGAUGAAGGAUUGUGUUAUUGUGGGUUUAAUAGAUUACCCAGUAAACGAGGUGUUACAGCUAAAUUAUCGAUCGAUUUUGUCAAUGAAAUCAAAACUGAUGCAACAUUGGUUUUGAGAGCUAAAAUUGUUUCAUCAAAAGGAAGAAAGGUUGUUAUUGAUGGCCAUGUAGAAACAUUGCCAUUAAACGAAUAUGAAGCCCCGAUUAGAGUUGCAAAUGCAAACUGUAUAUUAGUUGAGCCUAGGUGGUUUAAAUAUUUUAGAUGGGUAAAAGUAUUU